GUCCCGCCGUCCGCGUGGCUCAAGCGCACCGUCCCCUCUCUUGCAGCUGCCGGAGGACGCAAGGUCGAGACGUGGGAGGAGGACAUGGAAUCAGGGGAGGGCAAGAGGCUCUCGCCCGCCUCGUCGGACGGAGACAGGAGAGAGGAAACUAAAUUGAAACGAGGAAUUUCCCAAGACUUAGCUUCUUCCCCCAAAUUAGACAAAUACAAAAUAGCAAGACAGUUGACUGAAAAAGCAAUCAAGGAGAAGAAGAUUUUCUCCAUCUACGGACACUAUCCGGCGAUCCGCACCGCCCUGCGGAGGAAGGGCUGGGUGGAGAAGAAGCUCCACUUUGUAUCCAGGGUCGUUCUGAGCACCGAGGACGAAGGUGAAGAGGUCACAGCUAGCGUGGGGACACCUCGUCUUUCCAUGCAGGAUGACCGUACGUACGCUGAUGUCAAGGAAAAUCAAGAACUGGCUUUAGAGAGGACAGACGACAUCCACGAUGUGAUGUCUAGGUUGGUAAAAAACGAAAUGCCCUACUUCCUCUGGACCAUCAAAAGGGACGUCAUCGACUACCACAGCCUGACCUGUGACCAGAUGCUGAACCACUACGGGAAGACGGCCUCCUUCACCACCAAGCUCGGCCUGUGCCUGAGCAUGCGGAGCCUGCCCUGGUACGUCCAGGCGAACCCCGACACCUUCUUCCCCCGCUGCUACGGCCUCUGCUCCGACAGUGAGAAGCGCGAGUUCCUGUACGACUUCCGGCGCACCGCAGCGUCCAGCAUCCUCAAGUGGGUGGUCAACCACCAAAGCGCCAAUCGGAGCAAGGCCAAGGGCAGGCGGGAGGAGGCCGGCAGCAGCGACCUCGGCCUUGGCAGCAAGAGAGAUCCCGAGGGCACUGAGGAGAAGCCGAGGGGCCUUUCAGAGCAGCUGGUGGACACAGCGUGCAAGGUAUGCCAGGCCUACCUCAGGCAGUUGGAGCACGAGGACAUCGACGUGCUGGGGGAUACCUCUGAGGACCUCAGCGAGGCCGAGUGGAAGGACCUGAUACAGCAGUACUACGCCCUGGUCCAUGGCGACGCGUUUAUCUCCAAUUCAAGGAGUCAUUUUUCGCAGUGCCAGGCUCUGCUGGACAAGAUCAUGUCUGUGAGCCCUCAGGUGGAGAUCGACGGGCUUCGGAACAUCUGGAUCGUAAAGCCUGCAGCCAAGUCCCGCGGCCGAGACAUAGUGUGCAUGGACCGCGUGGAUCAGAUCCUGGAGCGGGUGUCCCCGGAGGAGCCCUCCGCCAAAGACAAGUGGGUGGUGCAGAAGUACAUCGAGACUCCCAUGCUCAUCUACGACACCAAGUUCGACAUCCGCCAGUGGUUCCUGGUCACCGACUGGAACCCGCUGACCGUCUGGUUCUACAAGGAGAGCUACCUGCGCUUCUGCACGCGGCGCUUCUCCCUGGACGACCUGGGCAGCGCCGCCCACCUCUGCAACAACUCCGUCCAGAAGCACCUGCGCAACGACCAGGGCCGCAGCCCGCUGCUGCCGGCGCAGACCAUGUGGACGAGCGCGCGCUUCCAGGAGUACCUGCAGAAGCGGGGCCGCGGGACCGUGUGGGCCAGCGUCAUCUACCCGUCCAUGAAGCGGGCCAUCGCCAAUGCCAUGAAGGUGGCCCAGGACCACGUGGAGGCGCGCAAGAACAGCUUCGAGCUCUACGGCGCCGACUUCGUGCUGGGGCGGGACUUCAGGCCCUGGCUGAUCGAGAUCAAUUCCAGCCCCACCAUGCACCCGUCCACGCCUGUCACGGCCCAGCUGUGCACGCAGGUGCUGGAGGACACCAUCAAGGUGGUGGUGGACCGCAGGCUGGAUCGAACCUGCGACAUCGGCAGCUUUGAGCUCUUGUGGAGACAGCCGGCUGUGGAGCUGCCACCUUUCGGUGGGACAGACCUCUGCGUGGAAGGCGUCAGCGUCAGGAGAGGCAGGAAGCAAAUGCCCCCCAUCUCCACCCUUGGGUCCUCGGCCGUGCUCCCGGACGUGCAGCCCUUUAAAGUGCUCGACCCCUCGGCCCUGCCAGACUCGGCGCGAGGAGCCGCCCGCGCGGCUGCCCAGACGGACGAGAUCCCGCGCUCGGCCUUGCCGGUGCCCCCGAAGAGGCCGGAAGAGAGGGGCUGCAAGCCGAAUCCUGCCCGCUCGGAGGCCGGCGGGAGGGCCGAGCUUCCUGUUUGCCAGUGCCAGCACGCGGGCAGGACGGCCCCGAAACCCAGCCCCGCCAAGGCCCACGGUGCUGACCGCCCGGAGGCUGACGCGUUCCGUGUGCACGCCCUGGCACCUGUGCCCCCGACCAGGGCAGCGGAGGGCGUCCCGAGUCAGCCGCUGGGAGCGUCAGGGCUGCCGAGGGGCCUCCAAGCGCCCUGCCUGGUGUGCCGAGGAUCGCUCCCACCGCCCCGGCCCUGCAAGCGCUGCCGCUCCUUCUGCGCCUCGGUCCUGCAGGGCGCCUCCUUCGUGCCGCUCGGCGGCGGGCAGGGCGGCAGCCCGUGGACCUCGUGACGCGAGGACCAGAACCAGCACAAGGACCAGAACCCCGACUGAGGCGCGCCAGGCCUCGCGGACCCAGAGCGUGGAUUGUUUCCUGGGAAAUCUGCACGUCGAUGAGAGACCUUGUAUA